AUGAGUCAGGAAGUACAAAGCGAGUUGUACUUCCUGAUUGCAAAGUUUAUUAAACAAGAUUUCCCAGAGUUUGGUGAUAAAUUUAUCAAAGGCUGCGAAGAAAGAGGAUUAUUCCCAUCUAGAGUUUUCUUCAACAAGCCUUCUUUCGACACUCUAGACAAGCAUUUGCUUUCAGGAAUACCGAACGAUCAACUUCUUCGAUUGAUUACCCUUUCUUGCCCACCUUCCCAAUUUCCAAGCUUAAUUUUCAACGAACAAAAACAAAUGACUACACUUAAUCGAUCGGAUAUGCUAUCAUACAACCUUGGCCAACCGAUUACGCCCCUACAUAAGAUUCUCCCCGCAUAUAGAAUUUCUGGACACUUUGAUUCAGCUUUCUGCAUCGCCGUUGAUAAUACAUCGCAAAUACUAAUCACAGGAUCCGAUGAUUUCGUCAUCAAAGUAUGGAAAAUCCCCGAAUUAAUUUUAAUAAAAUCAUUUUUAAACUGCCAUACCAAAGAAAUCACAGAAAUUGUCAUUCAUCCGCAAAAUCAUAUCUUCGCAUCUUCAUCUUACGACGGACGACUCAAUAUUUUCUCUCUUUUCCGAGGCGAAUUAAUUUCGACUUUACAGCUCGAUGUCGGCAUCCAAUCGAUCAGAUUUUCACCAUGUGGCCGAUACCUUGCCAUUGCGUGUAACGAGGGCAUCAUAAAAGUCUUCAACGUCGUAGAUGAAAAAAUCGAAUUAAAUUUCGACUUCAGCAUACAGAAAUCCGCCGCAUGGGUAUCCUUCAGUCCAGGCGGGAACUUCCUUGCCAUAUCUGCCGAAGGAGGCGCCUUAGUUGUUGUUUCCAUUGAGCAUCAACAAAAAAUUUCCUUAGUUGGUCACUACAAACAGCCAGACUUUGUUUACUUUGCCAGGACAAGUCCAUAUCUCCUUGUCUCCCUAGCAACAAAGGAACGCGCAUUACGAGGAUGGUUCGCAUCUGAUGGUAAUUUAUGGGGCCACAAGAUGAAUUACUCAGUCAGAUGUCCGAACAACAUCAAAUACAAGCUUGUUUCGGCUUCUGUCAAUUGCGAUGACACGAGAUUAGUUGGUGUAUCUUUAAACUGGCUCUACAGCUGGGAUAUUGCCACAAGAAGACAAGUUUGUGUCGUUAAUCACCAAAUAUUCACUGACCACUGCACGAAAAUCGCUUGUCAUCCGAAAUUACCAAACAUCGUUUUCGUCGGAACAGAAAGUGGUCGGUCCUCCAUCUGGGACAUCGAAUCCGGAUCUCUUUUAGCGACAUUUACACUCGGACAAGAAGGUGGACGUGUAAAUGACGCUAUUUGGUCGGUCGAUGGCUCAGUUGUUUACGCAAUUGAUGAAUGCGGUGGAAUAACAGCGUUUAUGUGUGGAAAAGUGACAAAAUUUACAACUACAGAAAUGUUUUUCAGAGCGGAAAACGAUCCAGAUGCUAGUUUGAAUGAUACAGAGAUUGUUGAUUCGCAAGGAAAUCCUUUGAUGCCUCAGCCAAAAAGAUUUAACCUAAAAGAUAUGAAUUUAAGGUUAAAACCGCCAAAAAUUGACAACAUGAUUAUUGAAGAAGAGAAGAAUUUGUCAGAAGUAUGGAAGAAGAAAUCCAAUGAAGCAAAUAUUGGCGAACAAAUGAAAACAAGGUCCCAAAAUCAUAACAAUCAAACAGAAGAGGAAGAAGAAGACGAAGAUGAAAAUAACGAUACAGAUUUGGAUGUAAUUCCUCAAUCCCUUGAAAGUAACGUUCUUGUUGUUGAACAAAUUAAUAGGUUUGAUAUGGUGACACCCCCUGUUUUAGCUGCUCAUUCUGACAGUGAAUCAGAAAGUCAAAGUUAUUCAACACACGAUGUUUCAUCUGAAGAAAACAAUGAACCAUCUGAGAGAGAAGUCCAAACAUCGAGAGCCAUGAGCACUAGAAACACGAGAAGAAACAAUCCUUUGGAUGAUGAAAUGCUCAGGAGAUCAUCAAGACCUGUUAGAUCUUAUUCUCCACCUUCAUCUUCCAAAUCUAAAACAAGGCCAAAGAGAUCUCCAACAAAAACAAAAUCACAAGAAUACGAAGAAAGCGAAACUGAAGAACAAGAACCUAAAAAUAAAAAGAAGACAAAGACAAAAGUCGUUUACAUGUCAGAAGAUGAAGAUUUUGAAGAAAGUUACGAUGAAGAUAAUGAAGAUGACGAUGAUUUCGAUUCAAACAACAGUUCAAGUGAUAAUGAAAAUUCUGAUGAUUCUAAACCUCCUCCAUUCAUUGGAAUCCAAUCUAGAAGAGCUGCUAGACUAGAAAAGGAACAAAUGAUUAAAGAAGCAAGAUCUAAAAAUAAGAAAUCUCAACCAAAAUCUUCAAAGAAAUCAGUUGAAGAUAAAAAAUCAAAAUCUACUAAAAGCACAAAAAGUGACAAAAAUCAUAAAAGUGACAAGAACCAUAAACGUGACAAAAGUCAUAAAAGUGACAUUGAUUAUGAUGAAUCUGAAGAAGAACAUAAAACAGACAAAAGAAAGAAGAGUCCAAAAGUUGACAAAAGACAUCAUGAAGUUGAAGAAAGUCCGAUGAGAACAAGAUCAAAUCCAAAGAAAGUUAAGAAAUUUGAUGAAAGUUCUGAUGAUGAUAAAAAGAGUUCUCGUCACAAUUCACCUUCACGCAAAGUCCAUAGAUCUGUUCCAACACCUAAACACAAAUCAGAAGAAAAGGAAAAUGAAAACAAAAUUGAUUUACCUCUUCUUUUCCCCUUCAAAACUCCUUCACAUGAAAAAGUGACAAAUUUCUGGACAUCAGACAACAAAGUCACAGGAAUCUUUUAUCCACAAAAAGGCAGCAAAGUCGUCUUCGUCACAAGCGCAAUGAAAGAAUUCGUAAGACAGAAUAAUUACCCAUUUACGCCGCCUUAUCGUGUAAAUAAGAAAGUGUCACCUUUUUCAAAGGGAAUCAUCACAAAAGUGUCACCUUAUAAAAAUGAAGGAUGUUCUGUCACUGUCAAAUUUGACAAUCAAUUUGAAUGUGACAUAUAUGUUCCUGUUCCAUUUUAUCCAAUUUAUUUGAUUCCUGAAGAAGUUUUUGAUUCGAAGUUGGGCGACCAAUUCAAGAGAGGAAGAAAAGUGAAGACAAUUGAUGACAGACAAGGAACAAUUGACACGAGAUUGAGGAGUGAUAAUGGAUAUAAUGUCAUUGCUGUCAACGUUAAUGAUAAACUGUAUAAAUGCAGUACAUGGGAUGUCGUGAGAUUGGAUCAUCCUGCUCUGAAUGUUGUUGACAGUUUGAGAUUGGAAAGAGCAAACCAAAGAGCAGGACAAAAGAUUGAGCAGCAUCUUGGAAAGAUUCCAAGAAUUGAAGAAUGUCAAAAUGACAAAAAACUUCAGUCAAAUAACUUGAGACCAAUUUCUUUGCAACUGAUUUUGUUGAGGUGUGGAAAUGCAUUCUACAAGACUGCUUCUGGUCUCAUUGAUGACAUCGAUGAAUUAGUAAAAGCAGCAAAUGUAAUCGGAGUGAAAGGAGAAGCAUUUAGAGACAUAAUUGAUGACAUGAAAGAAAAUGUCGAAGCUGCUUUUAGAGGUAUCGAAUAA